AGCCUCUCUGGUGACAGAGGAGUAGUGAGCGGCACCGGGUGAGGCUGCAGCCAACUCCGCUCCCCGCGCACUCGGCUGCCCAGGCGCUCGGGACCCAGCGGCGGCGCUUUCCCCCGGGGCUGACCGCCCGCGAUGUCCGCUUAGGAGCGGCGGCAGCGGCCAGCGUCGCCACACCCGCAGCUCAGCGCUCCCGGUCGCGGAACGGGGCCAGAGGGUGCACCCUUGCCCCAGCCCCCACCCCGCCCCCCACCCUGAAAUGACUUGUUAAUCGGCGCAGACACUACCGAAGGGACUCACUGGAGUGGAAUCCAAGUGGAAUUUGGAUUUGGAGAAGAGUUUCUUGAACGUUACUCCUUCCUUGUUGUCUUUUGCUUUCUUUUUUUUCUUCUCCCCUUCUCCGCCUGUCAUUGGAGAUGAACACAGAGCGUUUGCAUCCCAGAAAGUAGUCGCCGGACUGUUAUCCCUAAAGAGGCAAGCACACAUGUAGGAAUGACAAAGGCUUGUGAAGGAGAGAGCGCAGCUCGCGGCCCGGAGAGAUCCCCUCGAUAAUGGAUUACUAAAUGGGAUACACGCUGUGCCAGCCCGCUCCGAGCCCCGGCUGCCUACCCGUCGAUGCACCGAAAAGGGUGAAGUAGAGAAAUAAAGUCUCCCCGCUGAACUACUAUGAGGUCAGAAGCCUUGCUGCUAUAUUUCACACUGCUACACUGUGCUGGGGCUGGUUUCCCAGAAGAUUCUGAGCCAAUCAGUAUUUCGCAUGGCAACUAUACAAAACAGUAUCCGGUGUUUGUGGGCCACAAGCCAGGACGGAACACCACACAGAGGCACAGACUGGACAUCCAGAUGAUUAUGAUCAUGAAUAGAACCCUCUACAUUGCUGCUAGGGACCAUAUUUAUACUGUUGAUAUAGACACAUCACACACAGAAGAAAUUUAUUGUAGUAAAAAACUGACAUGGAAAUCUAGACAGGCUGAUGUAGACACGUGCAGAAUGAAGGGAAAACAUAAGGAUGAGUGUCACAACUUUAUUAAAGUUAUUCUAAAGAAAAACGAUGAUACUUUGUUUGUCUGUGGAACUAAUGCCUUCAACCCUUCCUGCAGAAACUACAAGAUGGAUACUUUGGAACCUUUUGGGGAUGAAUUCAGUGGAAUGGCCAGGUGCCCUUAUGAUGCCAAGCAUGCCAACAUUGCUCUGUUUGCAGAUGGAAAACUCUACUCGGCCACAGUGACUGACUUCCUUGCCAUCGAUGCAGUUAUUUACCGGAGUCUUGGAGACAGCCCGACCCUACGGACCGUCAAGCAUGACUCAAAAUGGUUGAAAGAACCAUACUUUGUACAAGCGGUGGACUAUGGAGACUAUAUCUACUUCUUCUUCAGGGAAAUAGCAGUGGAAUACAACACCAUGGGAAAGGUAGUUUUCCCAAGAGUGGCCCAGGUUUGUAAGAAUGACAUGGGAGGGUCGCAGAGAGUCUUGGAGAAACAGUGGACAUCUUUCCUUAAGGCUCGCCUGAACUGCUCAGUUCCCGGAGACUCCCAUUUUUAUUUCAACAUACUCCAGGCCGUCACAGAUGUGAUUCGCAUCAAUGGCCGUGAUGUUGUCCUGGCAACCUUUUCCACACCUUAUAACAGCAUCCCAGGGUCUGCAGUCUGUGCCUAUGACAUGCGUGACAUUGCCAGUGUUUUUACUGGAAGAUUCAAAGAACAGAAGUCUCCAGAUUCUACUUGGACACCAGUUCCUGAUGAGCGAGUGCCUAAGCCCAGGCCAGGUUGCUGCGCAGGCUCAUCCUCCUUAGAAAAAUAUACGACCUCAAAUGAGUUUCCUGAUGAUACCCUGAACUUCAUCAAAACACACCCGCUCAUGGAUGAGGCUGUGCCUUCUAUCAUCAACAGGCCAUGGUUCCUGAGGACGAUGGUCAGGUACCGCCUCACCAAAAUCGCGGUGGACACUGCUGCUGGGCCGUAUCAGAACCACACUGUGGUUUUCCUGGGAUCAGAGAAGGGAAUAAUCUUGAAGUUCUUGGCCAGAAUAGGAAACAGUGGUUUCCUAAAUGACAGCCUUUUCCUGGAAGAGAUGAGUGUUUACAACCCAGAAAAGUGCAGCUAUGAUGGAGUAGAAGACAAGAGGAUUAUGGGAUUGCAACUGGACAAAGCAAGCAACUCUCUGUAUGUUGCCUUCUCCACCUGUGUGAUAAAGGUUCCCCUUGGCCGGUGUGAACGACAUGGGAAAUGUAAAAAAACCUGCAUCGCCUCCAGAGACCCAUACUGUGGCUGGGUAAAGGAAGGAGGCUCAUGUGCCCACCUGUCACCUGGCAGCAGACUGACUUUCGAACAGGAUAUAGAGCGUGGCAAUACAGAAGGCCUAGGAGACUGUCACAAUUCCUUCGUGGCGUUGAAUGGGCACUCCAGUUCCCUCUUGCCCAGCACCACCACGUCAGAUUCGGCGGCUCGAGAGGGGUAUGAGUCUAGGGAAGGAAUGCUGGACUGGAAGAAUCUGCUCCAUUCACCUGACAGCACAGACUCUUUGGGGGCAGUGUCUUCCCAUAAUCACCAAGACGAGAAGGGAGUGAUACGCGAAAGUUACCUCAAAGGCCAUGACCAGCUUGUUCCUGUCACUCUCUUGGCCAUUGCUGUGAUUCUGGCUUUUGUCAUGGGGGCCGUUUUCUCAGGCAUCAUCGUCUACUGUGUCUGCGACCACCGGCGCAAAGAGGUGUCCACAGUGCAACGCAAGGAGGAGCUCACCCACUCCCGCCGGGGCUCCAUGAGCAGCGUCACCAAGCUCAGCGGCCUCUUUGGUGACACGCAGUCCAAAGACCCAAAGCCAGAGGCCAUCCUCACACCACUCAUGCACAACGGCAAGCUCACCACGCCCGGCAACACGGCCAAGAUGCUCAUUAAGGCUGACCAGCACCACCUGGACCUAGCAGCCUUGCCCACCCCCGAGUCCACGCCAACACUGCAGCAGAAGCGGAAACCCAGCCGCGGCAGCCGGGAGUGGGAAAGGAACCAGAACCUCAUCAAUGCCUGCACAAAGGACAUGCCCCCCAUGGGAUCCCCUGUGAUUCCCACGGACCUGCCCCUCCGGGCCUCACCCAGCCACAUCCCCAGCGUGGUGGUUCUGCCCAUCACGCAGCAGGGCUACCAGCAUGAGUACGUGGACCAGCCUAAAAUGAGCGAGGUGGCCCAGAUGGCCCUGGAGGACCAGGCGGCCACCCUGGAGUAUAAAACCAUCAAGGAGCAUCUCAACAGCAAGAGUCCCAACCAUGGGGUGAACCUAGUGGAGAACCUGGACAGCCUGCCCCCCAAAGUACCCCAGCGGGAGGCCUCCCUUGGCCCCCAGGGAGCCUCCCUGUCUCAGAGCGGCCUAAGCAAGCGGCUGGAGAUGCACCCCUCCUCCUCCUACGGGCUUGACUAUAAGAGGAGCUACCCCACGAACUCGCUCACGAGAAGCCACCAGGCUACCACUCUCAAAAGAAACAAUACUAAUUCCUCCAAUUCCUCCCACCUCUCCAGAAACCAGAGCUUUGGCCGGGGAGACAACCCGCCCCCUGCCCCACAGCGAGUGGACUCCAUUCAGGUGCACAGCUCGCAGGCGUCUGGCCCAGCCGUGACUGUUUCGAGGCAGCCCAGCCUCAACGCCUACAACUCAUUGACCAGGUCGGGGCUGAAGCGCACACCCUCGCUAAAGCCGGACGUACCCCCCAAACCUACCUUUGCCCCCCUUUCCACAUCCAUGAAGCCCAAUGAUGCGUGUACAUAAUCCCAGGGGUGGGGUCAGGUGUCGAGCCAGCAGGAAAGGCGAGGCGCGCACUCGCUCAGCACGGGUCUCAGCCGCCCCCAGUGCGCACCAGACCAAGAUGGCCGCAGCAGAGCCCGGGACACUGCGUCCUCGGGGAAUUGGGGGGACUCUCCAAGUGGCCCACGUGGUUUGGUGAAGCUUUGCGACGCGGGACUCACCUCCAUUCUCUUCCUUCACUCUACCCCCUCCACUCCCUGCAACAGGUUGUACUCACAAAAGACUUAAAUUAUCAUCACAAACAUGAGCCAAAAGCACAUACCCACCCACACGUGUGCACAUUUGUGCACGGACACACACAUACACACACACUCACACUCACACAGGUGAACAACUACAACACUGUCCAUGACUGCACAGAGCGCUGCCAAACUAGGCUAGCGUUCCAACUUGCAAAACAAAUACAUUUUUUAAAAUCAUGCAAGUUAAAAAGACAAAAAAAAAUACAUUGAUAAUUCUAACUCAGACUUUUAACAAUGGCAGAAGUUUACUAUGCGCAGAUACUGUGAAGUGCCCACCAGUGUUAACAGCUUUCUGUUAUAGCAGAUUAAUGCCAUGCUGGGCGACUAUGUCAUAGGUUUCUGCUCCUCUCUCUUAAUGAAGUAACGUGACCGUUAACGCAAGUAACUUUAUUUAUUGUUCACCCUUUUUUUCCUUAAGGAACGGACUCUUCCACAUACCACCCUAUGAACAGCUCUUCAGAAAAGCCCCUUGAAGUCACACUAUUUAACAUGAAAUCCAUUAACUGGAAUAAUUGAGUUUCUUUAUUUUUACAAUAAAUUCACUGAGUAAAUAAGUUGGAGCUGGAAUUCUGAGCUUUGUGUUUGGACUAUGUGGUAUCUAGCUGAAGGAGAAAGUUAAGAGGGGAAUAUUUAUUUAAAUCUACCAGUCACUUUGCUGGUCAGGUCUCUGUGCUAUAUAACAUGCAAAAAAAAAAUAAUUAGUUGAAAAGUCCUUCCAGAUCCUAACUUCUAAAGCAACCAGGAGAGGAACUUUUAGAAUGGCACACCCAUGCCCCAUUGCUGCCAACAUAGCUCUGUCAGUGGUUCCUACUUUCUGUGAAGGCACCAGCUUGUGAUGUGCCAUCUAAUCUCAUACUGCAUGUGAGACAGCAAACAAAAUCCACAAACGGUGUGAACUAAUUAAUACGCUGGCUGCUACCUUGCAUAAACUAAUGGUUUGAUCACACGGGUUUUUCGUGGGGUUACAUCUGUGAAUAGCCUGUUUUCCACAUGUAAAUUUGUGCCUUACACCCUGAGUUGUGUACACUUGUAAAAUGUCAUGAUAAACUUUUUCCUCCUUUUGAAAUACAGAUAUUUAUUUAACCCUCCCCCCCACCCCACUCCAGUCCUCUGAAAGAUUAGCUGUCCAGCAGAUGGAAGAAGAAUGCAGUGGUGAUGGUUGUAAUCUCGCAGCCUGGGAAAGCUGGGCGCACAACACCCUCCGGUUCACCCUUCUAGUUGUGCCAAUUCCAACCACCCUUUGGCCAUGUUGCCAAGCAUGGACCCCAGUGUUGUGGGUGGCAAAUUCCUUCUCCCUCGGGGGCUCCCUGCUUCCCUUAAAUUCUCAGAUCAUUUCAACAUGGUGAUAUCCUCAUUUCCCAGCAGGAAAAGGCCUGAAGUCCCAGUCCUUAUUUCUGCCAGGUCCACUGGCUGGAAAACACGCUGUGUGCGGUUGGGCAGGCAACUGGGAGGAGUCUCCAAGCCGUGUGCUCGGUGCACUCGAGCACUGCACACAAAGAAAUGACAUGGAAAUAGAUGCAGGCAGGCUGGACCCUGCUGUGAUUAAUGAGCAACUCCAAGUACAAGGCCAGCCACAAUGGAUGCUGCAAAAACCUUGACUGGGGCAAAAGAUUUUUAAUUUCUAAAAAAAUGUCUUUAUCCUUUUGUUAUGGUUUGUGGGGGUGCACAGGUGUGUGUUUUUCCCCUAGGUUUUUAUUAGUGCGAGCACACCGAAGGGACUUUUGUUUACGCUAUCAUGAACAAAGGAACUCUCAACAUACGUAAACUGUGAGCAUUACUGGUUAUGGUUUUUUUUAAACAGUUAAACAUGUUUGAUGGUCUCUUUGUCUUUUUGUUUCUAGUUUGAUCUGCAUUUAGUUUUGUCUUUAAAAAAAGAAAAAACUUCCAAAAAGAUAAUUUGGGGCAAUUUUGAGUUGGCUGGUGAAAAAGGGGUGCCUCGGUAAGCAGAGAGACCGGGUGUGCAGCAAGAGGGCCUUUUGUCCCACCACCUCGUGCCAGUUUGCUAUUCAGGGUAGGUCUCUGUUGUUGUUUUUGUGUACUUAUACUUUUGUUGUGUUAGUGGAAUCAAAGUUCACAUCCUGUGAACUCUGUGCCCUGAAACCAUGAAGUCUUUUCUAGAUAGAAACAGAUCAUUGUAUUUUUCCCUUGGAUUUUUUUUUAAAUGCAGAACUUAGGAAAGUGAUGGGUAUAUGCUACUGUGCUACCUUCUUCCCCAAGCCUAACUCCCAAGAGUAUUGACAGUGCGGUCUCGCUGUCUCAUCCUGUGUGGGGGCAUCCCUGCCUCAGCUGUGUUAUGAAGACCUGUGUCAAAAUUACAUCCCACCACCCAUCACUUAUGGUGUUGACCCUAGAGUACCCACAUGUGUUGAGUUGGUCUUCUGCAUUUAAGUAUUUUUCCCUUUUUCUUUUAUUUCCCCACUGCAUGUGGGGGGAGGGUCCAUAAACCCGAGUGUGCCUUUGCUUUCCACCCUUGCUAGACACUGGUAGAUACAACAAACUCAGAUUUAUAUUUGUUGUAAAGUUGUAAAAAUAUUGUGAUGUCACCAAUUUUCCUUCCAUCUCCACAUCUCCUAACAUCUGAUUCACGACUUAAUGUAUGUUGUAAAAAAGAAAAGAAAAAAGGGAAAAAAGACAAAAAAAAAAAAGCAAGGAAAAAGGCUCUUUAUUACUUAAAAGUAAUAAAACAAGACUGUUCAUUA